AUGUUCAAUCGUGCCCUCCCGGCGUUACCUGAGGGUGCUCGGGGCCCGGGCCCGCCCUCAGCGCGGCCGGGGGGCGCCGGGAGGACGCUGCAGGCGCUGAUUGGCUGUGUGGCUGACAGCCGGGUGCCGAUUGGCUGUGUGGCUGACAGCCGGGUGCUGAUUGGCUGCGUGGCUGACAGCCGGGUGCCGAUUGGCUGUGUGGCUGACAGCCGGGUGCUGACUGGCUGGCCGCGGCCCGGGCUCGGCCGGGGGCUGGGGGCAGCUGAGAAUGGAGCAACGGGUGUGGAGCUGGAUCUUGAAUUCAGUGCAGAUGGUGUCCCCAUUCUCAUGCACGAUGACACAGUGGAAAGGACAACUGAUGGGGCUGGGAGACUGCAGGACCUGACUUUUGAGGAAAUCAGGAAGCUCAAUCCAUCUGCAAAACACAGGCUACGGAGCCAAUUCCAAGAUGAAAAGGUACCAACUCUGAGAGAAGCUGUUGUGGAGUCUAUGCAUCACAACCUUACAAUCUAUUUUGAUGUCAAAGGCCAUGCAAAUCAGGCAGUUGAUGCCCUGAAACAAGUCUACCAAGAAUUUCCAGAGCUGUACAACAGCAGCAUAGUCUGUUCUUUCAUGCCAGAUGUUGUUUAUAAGAUGAGACAGGCUGACAGAAAUGUUGUGACAGCUCUGACACACAGGCCCUGGCAGCUGAGUCACCUGGGAGAUGGGACACCCCGGUUCAGUUCCUUCUGGAAGCAUUUCCUGUACAUGGUGCUGGAUGUCGUUCUGGACUGGAGCCUGCACAGCUUCUUGUGGAGGUUGUGUGGGGUUUCAGCUUUCCUCAUACAGAAAAAUUUUGUUUCUCAGGACUAUGUGAGGCACUGGUCUUCCAGAGGAAUCCAAGUGGUUGCCUGGACAGUGAACACGUUUGCAGAGAAGAGCUACUAUGAAAGUGUCCUUGACUGCAGCUACAUCACCGACAGCCUGCUGGAGGACUGUGACCCCCACUACUGACCCAGCCCCACCCUGCCCUCAGGGGCAGCUCUGCAGCUUGAGGGCAUCCAGCAGUGCUGAGGAGAGCUCUGGCAAACACACAGCACUUGGCUUCUGCCUGUGGUCACUUCUCAAAUGCUGGAGCCCUCUGGUGAGCUGGCCAAAGCUGUGAUGCAGCCACACACAGUCUCAGGAAAUCAGAUUUGACAACCCACUUGGGCCAUACUUUGUCUGUGCAGGUGGCUUUAUAAUUCUCUGGCUGUUCCUUGGCUUUGUUUAAAUUUUGGUUCUAAAUUUAUAUCAGCAAUUUUGGUGUCAAAAUUUCAAAUCCUUACUUGCCAUUAGUAAUUUUAACAGCAUGUUCUACAAGGGUAUACUAAUUUGAAGUUGAUUUUAGCACCUUAAAAUCAUUUACAUUAAUGUUCUUAAAACAGAAACUGGAAAUAAUGGUAUAAUGGUGCCAAAAUAGAAGAUGAGUAUAUUUCCCUGCCCUGCAUAGAAAGAUGGCUGUGCUGAAUCCUGAUGAGGAAGAAGAAGCCAUCUUCCCAUGUGUGAUGUGAAGGUUAUGAGAAUUAACAAAUGAAACUUGAGUAGUUUCUUAUCUUCCAGACCUUUUAAGAGAACCAAGGGAGGAUAGGAAAUUGUUUCUUCUAAUGAAGAAAUUACACAGCACAUGAAUGUAUUUAUUUUUAAGAGAAAGCUACACACUGCAUGCUGGUAAGCAGUAGAACUGAUGGAGCUGAAAUGUCUUUUUAGUUUGCUUUUGGUUGUGUGAUUGGAGGGCACUCAGAGGGAUGUGGAAACUGUAAUCCAGAUUUAACUUGAACUCCAAAGAGUCUGCAGUUACAAUAAACAAGUCUCUGAGUAUUCAUGGGGAAGUGUUUUUUAUCAGUUGUGCAGAAGGGCAUUGAUGUAAAAUAUCCCAAUUAGGGUAAAUCCAAACUUCUGGAAUAGCACAGAUCCAUGCUGUGACCUGCUGGUGGGGAUGGAUUUUUUGUUUGUAUCCUGAGUUCCAUCCAGGCACAAAGGAGGAGCUUUUCCCUGGCAGGAUGGUAAGAGCCUCUUCCACGAGUUCACUCGCCCCCUGCACUGCAGAAGCAGCAAUCUCAGCCUCCUGCUGCACAUCCUCUAGCAUGUGCAGGUUUGUAUCCAGGUCCUGUCCUGCCCCUUCCUGAGACCUGCGGCCUCUGCUGUUACUGCUGAGCCCAACAGGGGCUCCCCACGUGGCCACUGAAGGGCAAAUGACUCUUCAUGGCAAAGGGCAUCGCUCCAAAGGUCCAACUGUUGCUGCUGCUUGAGUUUCUGGCACUGCUGAGUCACUGUCCUCAGGGCAAACACCAGGUCCGUGCCCAAUGGCCACAGCCAGGCUCCACAGCUGUACGUGCAGGGAAACAGUGACAUUCAAACUCUGCUCUUGCAUUGUGUCUGAAGUUUGUCCUUUUUUCUGUGCCUCUGGUGGCUGGGUUUGGGUUGUCUUUAGCCUAAAUUAAAGAUGUGCCUCUUUCCAGAGCAACAAGGGAUGAAAAAAACAGACACUAGUAGAAAAUUAUCUAAACAAAACAAAAAUAUUAUCAUGGUGGUGGCGAAGUUAUAGCCUUGAACAAGAGGAGGCUGCAUCAAAUCUCACAGUCAUGUACGAUAAAAAAAUAAAUCUUAGUUGUGUUGCUUCAAAUCAGUCCUUUAUAGGAAAAGACAUGUAAACUUUCAGUUGACAAGCAGUAGUUUUACACAGAUGAGACUCUGAUUAGUCUUAGUUCUGAUGGUUUCAUCAAAGCUGCUUUAAAGUGUUUUAAACAGUAAAAAUGGCUCAGAAAAAUGAACCCAGUUCACACAAGCUAUUUCACAGCCAUUACAAUGUCUCAGUCAUUAAAAACAACUGCACUUUAAUAUACUUCUGGUUAUUUGACCAGUACUUC